UCAGGCUUGAAAACAUAUUUCAUUGCUGGACGUGUGCAAGAAGUGGACGGGACUGCAUCUUGCUCAGAUUCGGCACGUGAAGGCGCUGCUGAUACGCCGAUUAGUAGAUCACAAAUGAGUUUUAGAAAGAAACUGACGAAUAAAUUGAAGUCCGCACAAGGCUCAUCGAUGCCUCUAACACGCGGUAAUGUGCCGUCGGGUGGAAGUUUACGAAUGAAACUUUUGGAGAGGAAUCGCGAGACUAACUCUGCGCAAUUCCUUCAUUACAGUGAAUGUCUAGAUAAGAAUUACGGUGAUCACUCGAAUAGUGUCGAAACGAGACGUAAAUCUGCAUCGCUGCAAGCGCUAACAUCGCCUUUGCUUAUUGAUAACACCAACAAACCGUUGAAUAAUGCCGAACGAAUUGGUGGGAAAAUAUCCAAAGAGCUCGUGAAUGGCUCGAGUACGGCAAACAGUAUUCGUGGAUCGAAAAGCUCUGGUCUUCAGGUUAACUUUUUGGACAUAUUUGUGUGUCAAGCACGGGAACAGAAGCAGUUAUAA